AUGACUGCGGCGGCCCCUGACUUUUCCAAUAUGGUUAGGAGAUGUCUUCUGACUUUCAAACCUUUCAGGAUCUUCGUGGCGGGGAUCGGCUUCUUCAGCCUGUGCUUCCUAAUGACCUCCCUGGGGGGGCAGUUCUCAGCCAAGCGACCCGGAGACUCCCCCUUUACCAUGCGAGCGGAAGUGCUCGGUGGUCCGGAGUAUCGUGGAGUACUUAGGAAAAUCAGUGACAUGCUGGAGGUCAUUAUGAAGAGGAUGGACACGCUGUCCAAACUUGGGAACACUACUGACUCUCACAAGCUGGAUGAGCUCAGCUUAGCCUUGGACAGGAUCCAGCCCGUUGGGCUCGUGGAGCGGAUCCAGGCAAUAGCCCAAAACAUGUCCGAUAUGGCUGUGAGAGUGGAGCAGAUCCUGCAGCGCAGCAUGGCCAAUAACAGAGUUAGGGAUGGGAUGAUUGGACAAUGUGAGCUACCAAAAGAUCCCCGUUUUCCAGACUGCCCCAGCAAAGUGGAUUGGAUGCGUGCCCGCUGGACAUCGGACCCGUGCUAUGCUUUUUAUGGAGUGGACGGCUCUGACUGCUCUUUCCUUAUCUACCUGAGCGAGGUAGAAUGGUUCUGCCCCCCGUUGGCUUGGAGGAACCAAACAGCUACGCCCACUUACAAGUCACCUCCAAAAAGACAGGCUGUCUUCCGCUCCGACGUCGGAGCGCUGCUGGAGCAGGUGGGCACCGGGAAGGAAUCCCUGAGCUUCAUGAAGAGGCGGAUGCGCAGACUGGCGGCACAGUGGGCCUCCGCUGCCCGGCGGCUGGAUGAUCGACUGCGGAGCCACUGGAGGGAGCAGAAGAGGGUACUGGUUCAUGUGGGUUUUCUGACCGAAGAGUCCGGGGAUGUUUUCAGUCCCAAAGUCCUAAAGGGGGGUCCUCUGGGUGAGAUGGUCCAGUGGGCCGACAUCCUAACCGCCCUUCAUGUUCUCGGACACAACCUCAAGAUCUCCGUCUCCCUCAAAGAGCUGCAGGGAUUUCUCGGUGUCCCUCCCGGAAGAGGGAGCUGCCCUCUCACAGGACCUCUACCUUUUGACCUCAUCUACACUGACUACCACGGCUUGCAGCAAAUGAAGCAGCACAUGGGUCUUUCACUGAGAAAGCACAAGUGCCAUGUCCGGGUGAUUGACACCUUCGGCACCGAGCCAGCCUACAACCAUGAGGAGUAUGCCACGCUGCAUGGCUACAGGACCAACUGGGGCUACUGGAACCUCAACUGCAAGCAGUACAUGACCAUGUUCCCUCACACUCCUGACAACUCCUUUAUGGGCUUUGUGGCUGAGGAGCUCAACGAGACGGAGAGACUCAACAUCCAGAGGAGUAAGGUGGACAACAUGGCUGUCGUUUAUGGGAAAGAAGCCAACAUGUGGAAGGUGAGCGGUAAAGAAAAAUUCCUGGCCAUUCUGCAUCGCUACAUGGAGAUCCAUGGAACAGUCUACUAUGAGACUCAGCGCCCCCCAGAGGUGCCUGCCUUUGUCAAGAACCAUGGUCUGCUGCCACAGCAGGAACUACAGCAGCUUCUUAGAAAGGCUAAGCUCUUCAUUGGUUUUGGCUUCCCAUACGAAGGCCCUGCACCUUUGGAGGCCAUAGCCAAUGGCUGCAUCUUCCUGCAACCCAAGUUUAAUCCGUCCCAUAGUUCUCUCAAUCACGAGUUCUUCAGAGGGAAGCCCACGUCCAGAGAGGUGUCCUCUCAGCAUCCCUAUGCAGAGCAGUACAUUGGCAGGCCGCACGUCAUCACAAUUGACUUCAAUAACUCCCAGGAAUUUGACACCACCAUCAGAGACAUCAUAAGGACCAAGGUGGAGCCCCUCUUGCCCUACGAGUACACCUGUGAGGGGAUGCUCGAAAGGCUUCACGCUUACAUUCAGAACCAGGACUUCUGUUCCCCCGAAGCGCCCUUCCCUCCAGCGAACGCCUCGAGAACUCGGGCGGAUGGCAGAACCCACAGCCCGUUCGUCCUCCUCCCCAACUCGACUACGCUGGCCCGGGCCGCCGACGCCAGCUCGCGCGCCUCCUGGCCGCCGCUCGGCGCGCUGCGGCUGCUGACCUCCGCGAAGGGCCGGUCAUGCGUGGCGGCGUGCCAGAAUGUGGGGCUGGUCUGUGAGCCCGCCUUCUAUCGCUUCAUCAACGUCAAGGAGGCCUUUAAUGUGCUGGACCUGCAGUGUGAAGGAGUCGAAUGGGAGAUGAACCACCUCUUCCCUGCCUUCUCAGCAGAGCACUCUGAGUGUGGCCUCCAGAAAGACCCGCUGUUGUUCAGCUGUGCCGGAGCACACUCCAAAUACCAGCGCCUCUGUCCCUGCAGGGACUUUCGCCAGGGCCAGGUGGCGCUAUGUAAGGACUGCCUAUGA